CAGCCGGUGAUUGGAAAUAUUACCUUAAGUAGGGUAUGUCUCUAAGCGAAUCAUUCCAAGUUGCUGUAAUUGUGGAAAAAUUACCACCGGCUUGGAAAGAAUUCAAGAACUAUUUAAAGCACAAGUACAAAUAGAUGACGUUAGAGGAACUCAUUGUUAGACUGAGGAAUGAAGAGGAUAACUGUGAUGCUGAAAAGAAGAAUGGUAAAAAUCCCAUUGAUUCCAAGGCUAAUGUGGUGGAACAAGUACACAAACCACAUAACAACAAGAGGAAGUAUGUUGAAGAUGGUACUAAACAAAGCGACAACAACGACAAUAAAAAGUUCAAGGGUAAGUGCUACAACUAUGGCAAGACUGGACAUCGUGCCUCUGAUUAUCGACGUCCUAAGAAGGAUCACGGAAGUACAAGUAAAAAGACUGCCAAUCAAGCUAAUGUGACUGAAGUAGACAGCAUCUCUAAAGGCGUUAAUGACAUCAGUCCUGCUAUGGUGUCUGAGGCUAAUUUAGUUAGAAAUCCCAAAGAGUGGUGGAUCGACACUUGGGCAACACGUCACACUUGUGUGGAUAGGAAGAUGUUCACUUCUUAUAGUGAGGCUACUAAUUGAGAACAACCGUUCAUGGGAAAUUCUUCUACUUUUGCAGUGGCUGGUGUGAUCUUGAAAAUGACAUCGGGGAAUGAACUUACUCUAAACAACGUGAUGCAUGUACCAGACAUUCGCAAGAAUUUAGUUUCUGGAUCUUUGUUGGGUAAAAAUGGUUUUAGGCUUGUAUUUGAGUUUGAUAAAUUUGUACUAACCAGAAGUGAUAUGUAUGUGGGUAAAGGGUGUAUGAGCGAUGGAUUCUUUAAGAUGAAUGUAAUGACUAUUGUACUAAUUUCUACUAUUAAUAAGAUUAACACAGUUGCUAUUUA